GGCCCCGCCCACGUGCCCUAAAGCGGGCCCUGGAAGGAGCGAGGCCCGGGGUCUGCAAGGCGCGAGCAUGAGCGUGGUCGGCACGGGUAGUCGCCGCUGGGCACGAGUGUCCCGCCUCGUCUCCUUCAGCGCGACUCACCGGCUCCACAGCAAAUAUCUAAGUAAUGAAGAAAAUCUGAAACUGUUUGGGAAAUGCAACAAUCCAAAUGGCCAUGGUCACAAUUACAAAGUUAUGGUAACAGUAUACGGAGAGAUUGAUCCUGUUACAGGAAUGGUUAUAAAUUUGACUUCUCUCAAAGAGUAUAUGGAGGAGGCAAUUAUGAAGCCCCUGGAUCAUAAGAAUCUGGAUCUAGAUGUGCCAUACUUUGCGAAUAUCGUAAGCACGACAGAAAAUGUAGCUGUAUAUAUCUGGGAAAGCCUCCAGAAAUUUCUUCCUGUGGGAGUUCUUUAUAAAGUAAAAGUCUAUGAAACUGACAAUAACGUUGUUGUCUAUAAAGGAGAGUAGCUUCUUGGAGUUGAUAAUCGUAAAAAGACUUAAUUUCUUUUCAAAAUUUAAGAGAGAUUUUUAUUCCCUUGAACUAUUAAGAAGUAAUUCCUUAACUGCUGCACCUCCACACUGAGUUCUGGAGAGCCCAAUUUAUUGAAAUCAAUGUAAGACCAGUCUUUUUAAAACCUCAUUUGCAAUGUAUCCUGAGUAACAUUUAGAGAACCUUUUGUCUAUUGAUUAAAAUCACUUUAUUUUCA